GCGGCUCCUCAUGGAGCGUUGUGCGCCGCCGGCACCUGUGGUGAUACGGCCCGUCCUUCCCACGUCUGCUCAGUGUCUCUGCUGCCACCCGCCCCGGGACGGACCAUGCGUGCCGUGCUGCUGAUGGCCGCGCUGGCUGUGCUGGCAGCGAACCGUGCGGCCGCCGGGUCCUCGCCCAACGCUACCGAGCCGCAGCGGCACGGGGAGCGGGAGGCCGGGAGCCGYGAGGGCGAGCCCGUGCCGGGUCCCGACUACGAGGAGGAUGAAGAGGAGUACGAGGAGGCGCCGCCCGUCCACCAGUACAUCGUGGACGACUUGAUCCGAGUUGAACCUGUGGUUAAACCCAAGCCAUCAAAAAGGGGGGGAGAGAAGAAUGCUGGCAAAUCAAGAAGGAAGAAAAACAAAGGGAAAAAUAAGAAGAAAGGGACUCCCUGUGAAAUGGAAUACAAAAAUUUUUGCAUCCAUGGAGAAUGCAUAUACCGAGAACAUCACCAGAUGGUGACCUGCAAGUGUCAUCAGGAUUWUUUUGGUGAGCGCUGUGGUGAACAGUUCAUGAAGACUCAAAGGAAGAAUGAUGUGGCAGACUACUCCAAGACUGUGUUGGUUGUGGUAGCUGUCCUGCUCUCAAGUGUCAGCUUCAUUACUGUACUUAUCAUUGUGAUAGUGCAGGUUAGGAAAAAGUGUCCUCAGUAUGAAGAGAAAGAAGAAAGGAAAAAACUCCGACAAGAAAACAGAAAUGGCCACGUUGGUGUUUAAAUGGGGAGAAAGCAGAGCAAUUCUGAAGUGGCCAUUGCCAAGCUGCAGGGUAGCUCUGGCUACCUGUCACAUCCACCUGGACAUUGUGGCCUGGAGCUGUUGCCACUAAGCCCUGAUUCAUCAAGACAGAGGCUGCUUCAAGGAGAUGUCAACAGGCCACUUGUUGCUGAAUCACUUGCUGGGGAGACCAGUUAUCACUGCAUCUUGGCACAACAAUGUGGAAGGAGCUGGCUCUGAGGGGACAGGACCUGCUGUCAAGACCUGCUAGAGACAGCUGCUGCUGAGCCUUCUGUAUCUGUGCUGGACCUCCAGUCUCUGCGGUUGUGUGGAUGGACUUUGUUCUCUUGGCAAGUCUCCUUUGGCAGCCCUAGCUCUAAAGGGGAGAGCCUCUUGCCGCUUUUGGGAAUGGAUGGAGGGGACAAAAUUCCCUUUUCUCUACCAAAGUGAAAAAGGGAGGAAGUUGGGAUGGCUUCUUUACCUAGACCUCAGUGGAAGAAAAACCUAAUUCUGUUGUCACUGUGUUCCCUGUCCAUAUUGACGUCCAAGAGCUUCAUCUUUAGGUGUGACUUGCAGGGCAUUGGUGACAGUUCGUUGUCAGCCUCACCUGGGUUCUGUUACUGUGUGUGUAAUCCCUCUGAGUUCUGUAGGMCUCGUGGUGUGAGUGGAGUACCCAYUUGCAAGUGUGCURGCCCAAGUUAAAAUUAGUCUCCUCAGGAUGCUGAGACAGUAGAUGCAAGACCGGAAGCUUUGUGUCUGAAGGAAAAGAUCCACCCACAAACCAACUGAUAAGCCUGAACCCAUCUGUUCUAAACACAAAACUACUUCUGUUCAACAGAUACUUGUUGCUGCUUUAAGCAGUGCUUAAAUAUAAAGCGCUUCACAUCAGAUCACAUCGGUUGAACUUGGCCAAGAACCUGUUCCUUUGAUGAAUUAAAUUCAGGCACUGAUGCUUUGCAAGCAGUGRUCUCUUGUGCUGUACUUUCAGGUGUGAAGAACUCAUCUUACCUCAAUCUUUUCUGACCCAAGUGUCCUUGGUUUCUUAACUGUCCAUGCAGUCUUUGAGCACAGAGUAUUAUUUGAGUUCYGUUUCUUCUUGGAAGAGUGAUUAUGUUCUGUAUAAACAGAGCAGAAUUCUUCUGGUAGCAGAGAGAAACAGCAUUAAUUGUCAARUUGUAUCUGUAAAUGUGUAAAUAUUUAUUACUGUAUUUAAUAUUUAAUGUUUCCAUAACAGACUUAUUUAUUUUAUAAUUAAACUUUUUACAUAACCUAA